GGGGCGGCCGCGCGCGGGGCGGGGCGGCGGGGGGAAGCAGGAAGUGGGCGGCGCCCCGACGAGAGCGGAGCCGGUGGGUAGCGCCGGGCCGCAGCGUCUCGCCCCCUCCCCGCUGCCGGGCCGCAGCCGCCGCGGAGCCGCCAUGUCCAACAUGGAGAAACAUCUGUUUAACUUGAAGUUUGCAGCAAAAGAGCUUAGCAGAAACUCAAAAAAAUGUGACAAAGAAGAAAAGGCCGAAAAAGCUAAAAUUAAGAAGGCAAUCCAGAAGGGCAAUAUGGAAGUUGCACGAAUACAUGCAGAAAAUGCUAUCCGACAGAAGAACCAAGCGAUCAAUUUCUUGCGCAUGAGUGCCAGGGUAGAUGCUGUAGCAGCAAGAGUUCAGACUGCAGUGACAAUGGGCAAGGUAACAAAGUCAAUGGCGGGGGUAGUUAAAUCUAUGGAUGCCACACUGAAGAGCAUGAACUUGGAAAAGAUAUCUGCACUAAUGGAUAAAUUUGAGCAUCAGUUUGAAACACUAGAUGUUCAGACACAGCAGAUGGAAGACACAAUGAGCAGCACUACUACGCUAACAACGCCACAAAACCAAGUGGAUAUGCUUCUACAAGAAAUGGCAGAUGAAGCAGGUCUUGAUCUGAACAUGGAACUACCUCAAGGACAGACGGGUUCUGUUGGUACGAGUGUUGCCUCAGCAGAACAGGAUGAGCUGUCACAGAGACUGGCCCGCCUACGUGAUCAAGUUUAAGUUAAUCAAAGCUGCAGUUCUUUGUACAUGCUUUCAAAACACCGUUUGUGACUAACCCUACGCUACACUAGAAAGGUGUAUACAGUAUGGCUUAUGUGUUUAAAUACCUGUAAUAUAUGAUACUUCGCUCCUAGCUUGCUCUUCUUUCUAAACACAUCAGGUAAUUCAAAAAUAUCAGCUCUCAAAUAUCUUUUUCUGUACAUUUUGAAGCUGAUAUAUUUUUUGCAAGCUCUUUCAUAAAAUCAAGCAGCAAUGUUGGCACAUUCUAGCUGACAGAAAAGCAGUGUCACUGAUAUAUUUUAAAUUAUGAAGUGAAUUUUUUAAAUUAUGAAGACUGUUUAUGGUUGGAGGACUGAUGUAUUCAUUUCAGAUGUUUGCUAUACCUAAAUUCCUUACACAGCCAAACUCAUUGAACACACAGAGGUGAACAGUGUGGACUUCAUGAAAAUACACUUAUUAAAACAAAUAAGUGGACUUCAGUCUGUAGACUUUUUUUUUUUAUCAUUUUAAAGCUACAGUAAUACUGCUGAAAUUAAUGGUUCGUUUACCAAAAGCUGUUUUCAUAUAACUGGGAACUUGUAUGGUGUCAUCAUUUUAGUACAGGAGGAAUAAAAUAUAUUUUCCAACACUUUGUCAGUUCUGUUGAAUGCUAUCUCAUGGUUUAAUGCUGAGUGCUCUGGCUUCUCCAGUUUGCUUUCUUAUGGUUUAAUGCUGAGUGCUCCAGCUUCUCCAUUUUGCUUUUUUCUCAGUUUCUUGAGGUGCAGCCAAUUAUGCCACUCACCCCUUAUUUUUUUCUAUUCUGUGUUAGUCCCUGUCUUUGCUUUUCAUCUAGGCACUCUUUAUAUGCAAGGAAAAGCCUUAUCAUAGUAUUCUGCAUUUUAACAUUGUGUCAUAUAUGAAAAAUAUGAAAGUGCUCUUGCUGAAGUUCAGGUCUUCAUAGUCCUCCAUGGUGAGUCAAGGUCCCAGUUCUGAUUUUGCUAACCAGGACACUCCCUUGGAGUAGCUUUUCCUCCUCAGCCUCUCACGGGUGAUCUUUUCUUCAGUACAGUGUUGGAGAGAGUGAGGUGAGGAGUGGGUAAGUAGACUAGGCCUGCUCUGUCAGAGGGGCAGGCUGCGAGAUUGUUUCAAGAUAGGUAUUGGUUAUGUUGGAUUAGGAAUAGCUACUGUUUUGUAAGAUACAGUACUGCUCUCUGCAGAUAUGGUGGUGCGAUUUGCAAUACUGUGGUGAUGGAGAAGCUAAUUUGUUUUAGUUACUCCUUUAACCCCUCUGCGUUUCUGCAUGGUAAGAGGGAAUCUACUGACCUCUUUCAGUAGCUUCAAGCUCUUCCUGCAGUUGUGAAGCAAAGAAAUGGUUGUAGAAAUUUGAAGCUGAAACUGCUUGUGUUGUGAUAAAUAGUGGUGUAAAGAAUUUUUUUCCUGACUGCUUGGACUCAAUUUUUUGUUUUAUUGUGUUGUGGAUGAGGGAAGAAGGUAUGAAGCUUUAGAAUAGGAAUUAACUCUUAAUUCACUGGUGUUCAGGAUCACAUGGUCUUUCUAGUGUUGUGGAAAUGUUUGAGUAAAAAACUACUUAGCUUUUUUAAUCACGCAGGAUUUUUGAGUGAAAGUGUACAAAAAUGAGGAAACAUUUCAGAACAGUUUCAAGCUAUAUUUUGAAUGUGUUACUCAAAUCACUUUGAAGCUUUAGCAGGCUGUUAUCUAAUGAAGCAUCCAAAGGUACUGUAGAAAUAAGAAACAGAAAAUAAGACAGACAAAACAGCCUAAAAUGUUCUCAAGUCAUCUCUCUCACAUUUGCAGUCUAAAUUAAAUUGAUUUCUUAAAAUGUGGUCUUUUUCUCACACUUAAGGUUUAUUUUCAGUGCAGCUUUCUUUUAAACGUCUUUGAAUCUUCCAAUUUCUCCCACUUAGAGGAGGAAGAUUUUAUAAACCAUAUACUCUAGGUACAUUCUUUUAAUAUUACUGAUAAAAUGUCUUAAGAAGAAUACCAUAUACUACACCCUUUUUGUAGCUACUCUGAACAAUAUAACAAAAAAUAUAACGUUUUUUCUACACAGCCAAGUUACCCACAACGUUGCUAGCCGCUGUGUGUGUGCGUGUGCCUUUGCCUUGGUGAGUUUAUUUUUACUGUUGCUUCCUAUCUCACGAUAGGGCUACAUACCUGGCUAGUGACAAGAAAAUUAGUCGUGCGAUACAUCCACAUAAAAACUUACUUUGCACUUGCCUGUUCAUAGACCUGUGUCAGCAACUAUGGAGGUUUUCCGUGUUUGGUAUUGGACAGCUCUUCAGCUAGCUCUUGUCUGGCUUGUUUUAAUGUUAAAUAUUAUCAUGCUGCUUUCGAAUUGCCCCGGCCAUUCCAGAGCUGUUUGGCAGGGUAGAUAGACCGUAAACUUGCUUUUCUGUGUAUGUUGACUCUUGCCUUGAAACUUGGGGAUUUGGAGGCAUUUAAAAAUAGAUGGAGAUAAGACUGAUUAGAUAGUCACAAGAAAAACAUUAAAUAAGCUUCAUUAUCUUACUGGCUGUAUACAGCUUGUUUAAUAAUUUUGAUCUUCUGGAAGUCCUAGGCUUGCUAACACUGAUAGAAGAAUAUUUUUUCAGUAUCUCUUUUUAGAAGGAUUAAGAAAUAAAUGUAAAGGCUUGGUUAUCAUAAUUAGUUUAUUUUACCUCUGCAGAACUAUGAUUUAAAGAGAUAGGCAGGCUUAGCUGAUUUGAGGAAGAAAUGUGUUUUCAAAACAAAAUUAAAUCUUGCCUUGCUGAUUUCACUCUGAGCAUUGCUAUGUGUUUGAAUGGGGCCAGGAUUUUGUACUAUUCCAUUUUGUGUAUAGAGCUUCUGCCCUCUCCUGGGCAAAACUUAUUUCUUCUCUCUUUAGAAAUAUUUAUUUAUGAGAACUGACAUUCAGAAAGGGUUAGUAGUUAUGUCUUUAAUGCAUGUAGUUUUCUCUGGUCUUUUGGAAAUGUUUAAAACUGAAGUUGCUCUUAGAACAAAUUUGACUCUUGUAUCCUUUUUCUUUUCAUUUGUGUUUCCCUAGAAACAUUUGCUCUCUGUUUUCUGAACAGAUCUCGCUCUUCUUUGCUCUUACCUUGCUAGUGUUUCUUGCAAGUUGACUGUGUAUUUUUGUAGAAGUUAAUUUCAUGUUAAAUAGAUUGAAUGAGCUUUUAUGUAACUUUAAUACCAGAUAAUAUUUCAAUAUUUAUGAGCAGACACAUCUGAAAUGAAGCCUAGUUUGAAAUGCUGUGAGAUGUUUCUGCAUUCUUGGAAUUAAGUUUACAGCUGCUAGUGUAAUGGUAGCAUUCAUCUUUGGUCAUUUGAAUUCCAAAUUUGAAAGCCAUAAAAAGCUUCAGAUGAAAUGAGAAGGAAGGAAAGGAAGAAAGAGAAAUCUAACUUUCUCAACUGAAAUGGGAUAUAAUCAUCAUGUUACUUUUGUGGAGAUCCUCAGAGCCAAGAAAUACUGAAAUUUUGUUAAAUAUGAUCAGCAAUUCUGAAGCUGAUGACAUGUAUAGAGAAGAGAAACUCUUUUAGCUCAGGUAGAGUUCGUUUUGAAAACUGCAUUAUCUUUUAUGAAUCAAUUUGUAAAUGUAACUGGAAGACAAAUAAAAUUGUACAGCAGAAGCAUUUCAUGUGUGUUCCUAGGUUAUAUAGCUAUUUGCUGGUGGGUGUUAAAUGAACCAACAGGCAGACUUCAUAACAUCAUGAAUAGAUUCUUGUGAAAAAAUAAUGAGAAAAUUGAAUCUUUAGAGAGAAAACAAGGAGAAAGAAAAGUGGGUGUUAUCAAGAAAGAUUUGGGCCAAUAUUUUAGGAAGUAAUUAUGAUCAAGUAUAACAACAUAAAAUACAGUCUAGUUAUUUAAAAUUUUAUAAUGUAGUAAAAAUAUUUACUCUGGUGUGGACACAAAAGUAUGUCUUUUAUUUGAGAAGCUUUCUGUUGUCCUUGAGGUAUGUAACAAGGACAAAGCAAGGAAACAGGAAAACUGGCAGGAGAUGGUCUAUUUUGGUAUGAUUGAGCUAAAACCCUCCAUUCGUAUUUUCCCCUUCCAUUGUUGUUCAGGAACCAGCAGAGGGAGCUUGAAGCUUUGUUUUUGCAUAGGUCCUAUAUAAGUGAUUAUUAUGCUUUAAAAUCUUUAAAGAGGACUUUUACAGAGUCAUCACUAACUAGUUUAAGGAGCUAUUUGUUGCCUUCGAGACCCUCAUUUCUGGAUAGUGUCAAGGCUAAAUGGGAAGCUACCUUCAUCAGAGUUUGGAUCCUUGGCUACGAGCUGCUCCGUUACGCAAAAUGCAAACUGGAAGCAUGUUGCCGAGUGUCAUCUGGUAAUUCAUCUUAACAUCUAACUAUCUUUUGCUAAAUGCACUUCAGGGCUUUUCCUUGCUGUCUUUAGGAAUUAAUGUGGGAGCUGCAAAAUGAGGAAGUGAAUAACUUUGUCCUUAAAAAUUGUUUUAAUUGUUUUACUUCUAGCUAACUUGUCGUGGGUUUCUUUGGCUGUCAUGUAUUCUGUUUUUGUCCUGUGAUAAUUUUUCCACUUCAUGCAGAGAGAAAUGCACACUGUUUACUGAUUGAAAAUGUAUUUUAAUAUGAGAAAUCGUUUUCUUAUUAAAAGUGUUGCCUAUGUUGA